CACGCGUCUUCUGAUAAUCCUCCCUUUCUCAUCGAUAUCUAUCGACAUCUAUCCUUUGGCUUCUCUUUGUCUCAUCACUCACAUAUAGCCAUUUCUACGGCUGUUCCGCUCUAAUGCCUUGUUCAUAACACUCGCCCACCCACGAGUCACUUUUGAUUCGGCGCAAUGGACACAACUGACGAGAGGGAGGAAGAGUUGUCGACUCUCUUGGCCAUCUACCCCGAAUUACUUCUCGACCCCAAGAACCCCUUCGCCGCCUCGCUUGAACUCCCCAUCAACCCAUCGAGUCCUCUCGCCUUGCGCUUUCCAUCAGCGCCACCGCCCUCUCCACCAGACUCGGAGAACGGUCUCUCCAAAUAUUCCCCCCUGACUCACCACGUCGACGAAACACACAAUGUCGAACACCUGCCCCCUCUUCAGCUGAAACUCUCCCUCCCCGAAGGCUACCCUGCUGAGAAAGCCCCGAUCGUUUCGCUCUCCACCACUCCGCAAUGGUUGCCCGUCGAUAAACUGAACGACUUGGAGCGCGAGUGUGAAAAGUUAUGGGAAGAUUACGGUCGCUGUCAGAUCCUCUUUUCAUACAUCGACUUCCUACAGCAGCAAGCUGAACAGGCUUUUGAUCUGGAAUCCACCGGCCUUGACCUGUCACCUUCUCUGAAGCCCGCUUUGCUCGACUACGACACUCUUACAAAGAAAGCCAUCUUCGACGCCGGCACCUUUGAUUGUGGCAUCUGUCUCGAACCAAAGAAGGGCUCUGCCUGUUAUCGCAUGCGCCGCUGCCGUCACGUCUUCUGCCAGACCUGUUUACAAGACUUCUACAACAACUGCAUCGUCGAGGGUGAUGUUGGAAGAGUACUGUGCUUGGACCCUACAUGUGGCAAAGACGCGCCUGCUGGCCAGAGGAAAAAGAGAAGGAAGGAAAAGACACUACAUCCCAAAGAGCUGUUGGAGAUGGGCAUCGAAGAGUCCAUGAUCCGUCGCUAUGUCGACAUGAAGCGCAAGAAGAAGCUGGAAGCUGACAGAACCACUGUCUACUGCCCGCGAACUUGGUGCCAGGGCCCUGCUCGCAGCGAGAAGUACCCGCCCAUCCCACAGGACCUUUCUCUAUAUCCCGAGUCAUCAAGCGAGGACGAGGGCGAGGACGAAGAAGAAGCAGCUAAAAAGGGUACAUCUCCAUCCGACCGGUUGGCCAUUUGCAGUAAAUGCACAUUUGCUUUUUGCAAGACUUGUUACGCAGGUUGGCACGGCGAAUUUGCUCGUUGCUGGCCUCGCAACCCGUCAGAGCUGUCCGAGGAAGAGAAGGCCAGCUACGACUACAUUCGUUCGCACACUUCACCAUGUCCUACCUGCAGCAGUCCCACGCAAAAGACCAUGGGCUGCAAUCACAUGAAUUGUUUCCAGUGUGCCACCCACUUUUGCUACCUCUGUGGUGCCUGGCUGUGCCCUGAUAACCCUUAUCAACACUACAACAAGCCAGGUACGGAUUGCUACCAGAAGCUCUGGGAGUUGGAAGAGGGUGAUGAAGGUCAAGAAGCCGCUUUUGCUGGUGCACGACGCUGGGAGCAGGAGGCUCGAGCUGUGGCCGAGGCCGCAGACAGAGAAGAGGCAGAAGCUCUGCAACGGGAGGAGGACGAGGCCGCUGCACGAGAGGUUGCUGAACAACUGGAGGCCGAGGAAAACCCUCCUGCCGCGCAGCCUGUUCAAGAGGACGCUGCUCAACCCAUGGUAGCAGAGGCGGUACAGCCAGCACAGCCGGCACGCCGAGGGCGCGGAGGCAGACGGGCUCGAGGUGGAAGAGUCGCUGCACUUGAAGGUAGAAGAGCGGCACCUGCAGCGCAGCAGCAACCAGCUCCAAACCAACAGCAGGUGGACGCAGCAGCAGCCGCAGUUUUCAGGCGUUUCGUUGAGAUGGCCGCUCGUGAUGAAGAAGAUGGAUGGGACUCGGACGAACUAGAAGAUGAUGAGGACGACAGGUGGGUCAUCCCUGUCCGACGAUGAUACUGGAAAAAUCAGAAGGAGCAUUGCAUGGCAGGCGUUCAUCUUUGGUUCUGUAUAUAUGGAGCGGGCUUAGGCGUA